UGGGCGCAUGUGUUGUCACGUGACGUCACCCUGCCAGAGGACAGGCGUUGUUCUCCGCACAGGAGGCUGAAGCGGGUCCGGUCCUGCAGGUCCAGAUCAGGAACACCCAGCUACAGGCCGAUAUGAGACAGUGAGAGCGCAGCAGAAGCAGAACCAGAACCGGAAUCAUCUGCGAUCACCAUGACGACGCAGCCUUAGUGCUCAGCAUCCGCAUCCUCAGCAUCAUCCGCGCGCUCAGGUGCGCCGUCAGUCCGUCAGGCAGGAUGGAGUUCAAAGAGCUGGUGGACACCGCCGAGAAAUGGUGCUCCGGGAACCCGUUUGACCUGAUCUUCGCCGAGGACGUGGACGAGAGGCGGCUGGACUUCUACGCCGAGCCCGGGAUCUCGUUCUACGUGCUCUGCCCGGACAAUCUCACCGGAGGAACCGACAAUUUUCACGUGUGGAGUGAGAGCGAAGACUGUCUGCCGUUCCUGCAGCUCGCGCAGGACUACAUCUCCUCCUGCGGGAAGAAAACACUGCUGGAGGUGCUGGACAAAGUCUUCAGAUCCUUCAGGCCUCUCCUGGGUCUUCCAGAUAUUGACGAUGACACAUUUGAUCAGUAUCACGCAGACGUGGAGGAGGAACCAGAGCCAGACCACCAGCAGAUGGGUGUGAGCCAGCAAUAAUGCCCAGCAGAGAGGCUCUGCGCUGGGCCACAAUCUCUGCAUCGAACCCUGCUCGCCUAACCUUACUCACCUGGAUCUUCUUCUUACAGUAUACACACAAACACACACACUGCAUCAUAACACCCUUUAAAAUCUGGACAGCUUUUCCUGCACCCUGAUUUUAACUCAAGUGAUCAUUAUUUUGAUCAAUGUUAUUUCUCAUUAACUUCUCAUCACAUUCAAGCAGAGACAAAACAAAUAUCUCAUUCCCAGCUUUCAUAAUAUAUAUUUUUCAAUAAUCUGGAGGCCGUAGAUUAGAAAUUUAUGUUCAGAAUGGAAUACCAGUGUACUGCAUACUGCUGCAUUGUCACAUGACCUCAUUAUGUUGCACGUUUAAUUCAUGCAGUUGUCAAAAAUUACAGUAGGAUGUUUUGCAUUCACAUCCAAAUUUGUGGUAAAAAUGUCUUAAUUCUUGACAGUGUGAUCAAAAUGUAAAAGUUGCAAUUGGUAUCACAUCCUAUUCAUUCAUCAAAUUGGAAAUAAAAGGUAAAUGCUGCACAUUUUCAUCAAUUAUGUAGGGCAGGUAUUCCAUGCAAACAAAACAUUUACAUGGAAAAUAAUAAGAGUAGUAUGCUGUUCUGAACAUAACACUUUUAAUCGAAGUUGAAUAAUUAAUGAAAGUCACUUUUUUAUGUGCACAAAUGAAUCAUUCACAAUUAGACCAGGAACAUGUAUUAAGAAAGUAAAUGGGAUCAGUUAUUUUGUUUUCAUGUAGUGAAUCUAGGUGUCCAUUGUGGACUUAUUUUACCCCAGAUCUUGUCUUCGUAUUGAAAUGUACUUUAAAUCACUCCAAAAUAUCUGCUAAAUGACAAAUAACCAAAGCUGACUGCAUGUGCAUAUAAAGUAUCUGUGUUUAAGGAUCAAAUUAAACAAGAUCAGAAGGUAAAGUCUAAUUAUCACUGAUUCAGAGGUGAUGAGGUUAUUGUGUUUUUGGGUGGGUGAGAUGUUUAAACAAACCCUUGAAUAAUCCUCUCUUUGCCUUUAUUGUCUUUUGAUUGUAUUAAUCAAUAUCCGCUGCGUUAAGAAAGGUCAACUCAUGAGUUUAACCACAGAAAGGUCAAACUGUGUAUCUAAGUCUAAACUCUUAAAAUAAAGGUUCUUCUACGUUUCAACACUGAAUCCAAUUCUAAUCAAGAUCAAUUUUGGGUCUCAUAGGGUCCUUGAGUUGAUAUAGACUUCUUUAAAGGUGCUCUGUACAAGUUUUAAAUAUAGUAUCAGCACACACCCAUUAAAUAUAUAGGGCCCCAUCGAACACUCGGCGCAAUGCAACGCCAGGCAUGUUUUUUUGCUACGGUUUUUGCUAGUUUCAACCUGAUGCAGUUAUCAUUUUCUCGUCCAGUUCCAUGUUGUUUAAAUAGCAAAUGUACUUGCGCCCAUCUGUUCGCCCAUGGGCAUGCUGGUCUGAAAACGAGGUGUGUUCAGGCGCAUUGUUGGCGCGUUGCUAUUUUGAGGCAACUGAAAACAAUUGCGCCUUUGACCAACUAAACAUGGUCUAAAGUCAAUAGCGCAGUAUUUUUUUAUUUAAGGGGCAUGUUCGUAUUAUUCCCCGUAUGCCAAAUAUUAAAAAUGAAAGGAUUAAAAUUUAAAAGAUUACUAUUGUGUACGCUUCUGCCUCCUCUCUGGAGAAGCGUUCAGUCUUUGCUCUAGGCAAAUUCCGCCAUGUAAAUAGCGAAUCCGCCAUGGUGCGAGUGCAAAUGGCUUUUAAAGGGAAUGAGAGAUGAGACUCUGAUUGGUUUAUUGCACGUUAUGCCCAAAACACACACGACUCAUUAAUAGAAUAGGUAAAACCCUUUUGGACAAUGCACCUGGUGCAUUUGCCUGCCGACUGAAGUUUUUUCAAGUUUCAAUUCAAGUUUAUUUGUAUAGUGCUUUUAGGAGUCGGUUAUUAGUGGUGACUAUGGCAGAAAUGUACAGUAAAAAUCAUGCAGUUAGUUACAAAUAACACGUUAUCAAACAGACAGUGAACACUAUUAACUGCAAUGAAUAUAUGUUGCGAUUAAACUUUGCGAUUGCUAUUAAACAUUGUGAUUAAGCAAAAUUUGGUAGUUUUGUAUGUUGUUCCAUGGUUAUCAUCUGAGGUCCUCUGAGGGGUUGGCAUCAUCUCUUCUCAGGUGUUCGGUCAUCUCAGAUCUUCGUAAGAGUUGGAUCCAGACUGAAGCUUGUGUAAUUCCUAACUUUUUCCGUCGUUAAACUAGCAAAAGUAUAUUCGUGCACCUGCGCCAUGUGCUUCAGACCAUGUGCUUAGAUCGUUAAAAUAGGGCCCAGUAUGUAAAAUUUUUCCGGCAGUCUGAACGGCUGGGGUGUGUUUGUUAAGCAACACCCUUUGAAAGCUAUGCCCCUCCCUGCAUUUAUAAUGAGACUGCGAGAGCGACCUCCCGCUUUGUAAAAGCAAGCUGGCGGAGCACAGUACGGAGCUUUCUAUUAAAGGCGAAUAUCCACAUGCCCUGUUUUUAUAUUUGCAUAAAACCUCCUCAUUUGACAUUGUUUAUAAAAGCCAAAUUUAUCUUAAGUUUCAUUAUCUUUCUUUUUUUUUUGUUGCGCAAGAGGGGGCGUGGCCAAAGCACACAUUGGUUUUGAGAUGCGCUGCUCCCGUGCGACGAGUUGAGAAAUUGUAAACAAACAAAAAAAAUAUAGAAAUCUAUAUAGCACCUUUAAAGGAAACGUAGAUUAGGAAGUUAUUGAAAUCAGUUUUUAAAACACUAGAUUUAUUAAUUGGAAUUUUCCUGCAAAACCCUGGAUAUCACCAGAACCUUUAUUUUUCAGAGUAGGCCUACAUAUAUCAGCUGAUUCAGGUGACUGCUGUGUUAUGGUCAUGUGACCUGAUGUAGCAGUUGCCAUGUCCUUUUUAAAGCAUCAUUUAUCUGCUGUCAUCUCAACAAACAUGUCAUGCUGGCAGGACUGAACAGACCAUGCCACAGACGAGGUCAGCAGAGGCUAAACAUGUUUCUUCAGGACAUACUGUAGGUGAAUUUGCUGACGUUACACAUGUGGCCACUAAACUUCCACUGUCUUCUGCUUCCAUAGUGUCUUCCUGCACACGCCCAGUCUAAAGUGAAGCGUAGAGAUGAAUUAAACCAACAGUGUGUUACAGAGAUCAAAGCUGCUGUUUUCUGUCUUUAUGUAGUUAUGUAACAGUUAAAGCUCUGUACCAGAUUGUGAUAUUUAUUUUAUUUUACUGUUUAUUUAUUUGUCCCAUGGUCUAAACUUCUCAACUUUGCCACUUUUUGAGUAAUUUUAAUUUCUUUUGCUUGACCAUUUAUGUAUGCAGCUUAACCUUUCAAAAAUGUAUUUAUUUUGUUUAUAUGUAUUCAUUUUUUUCUCCUGACUGUCUUUAUUGUGUAACUGUUAAAGCUUUAUACCGGAUUUGUGAUUUCGAUUUUAUUUUUUAUUUAUAUUAUUUAUUAAUAUUUAUCUAUUGUUUAUCCAUUUUAUCUAUCUAUUUAUCUAUUUAUUUACUCCUUUGUGUGUGUAAAUCCAUUUGUGGAUGAUAUUUUUGUCGCAUUUAUAACUAAUAAUUUAAUUUCUAAGAAGAUUGUUCAAAUCUUACAAUGUGGUAAUUGGAAAUAUUGUUCUUGAUUUUAGGUGAAUAUUGAUCAGCCUGUCUAGAGUCAUUUAGAAUUAAACUGGAGUAAAAUUUGUUUGGGUCAGCAUGUAAUGUAACCUGAAAUUCAACAAUUAAAUUUUAACCUUA